AUGCUGGUAUGUCUGUUGCGAAUUGAAUGGACAACUACUUCAAAAUCGAAUUCAGAUAUUCGGAGUCGUUCAUCGUUGAAUUGUUCUCAAUAUACUGAUGAUGAUGAAAUUCUUGUCUCAUUUCCAUUCCAUGUUGAUAUGAAUCCAUUCACACGAGUGUUGACUAAGACAAAUGGCUUAAUGAACGAUGAAGGACAUAUUUAUCAUUUGAAUAUCAUUAAUCAAAAGUUUUUUCCGUUGACAAUUUUUUGUUUGAAACAUUUACAACAGUUAUACAUUCGAAACAUGAGUUUCCGUAAUACUAAUCAUCGACUUCCAUCUGAAAUCGAUCGUCUUGCAUCAACACUAAUUAGUUUAAGUAUUUAUAACAGUCAACUCACUCAUCUAUCUGAACAGAUCAGUAGAUUGAAACAUCUGCAAUCAUUAGAAUUAGUCAAUACAAAUUUAAUGGAGCUUCCAUAUAGUAUUGGUAAUUUAUCUUCAUUAACAUUCCUUUAUUUAGCUAAUAAUCAACUCAGUUCGUUGCCUGAUACGAUUAAAAAUCUGUCAGUAUUAUCACAAAUUGUAUUAAAAAAUAAUCUAUACCUUCGUUCAAUACAAUCACUCAAUGGUUUACCAAAUCUUAAAGGUUUACAAAUAGAUAAUUGUCCCAUUGAACAGCUUCCAAUGAAUUUACCAUAUUUAACUGAUUUCCAGAUGUCUAAAAGUAAUCUUUCACAUUUGAUUGGCAUUCGAACAUUAGGAUAUAAAACAAAAAAUAACAAAUAUUUUUAUUUUAAUAAUAAUCAUAUUCAAUCUAUUCCACCGCAAAUAAAAUAUGUUAAUAAUCUUUACUUUCUCAAUCUCAAUGAUAAUCAUUUAAUUACUUUACCAUUGGAUAUUUUCAAUAUAACUACACUUCAUUAUUUAUACAUUCAAAAUAAUCAUUUUAGAGAUUAUGAAUUAAAAAAGAUUGUUGCUAAGUUUACUGUUACACAUCCAUAUAUGACUUUAUAUUAUACGAAGAGCAAUAGUUGA